CGGUGGCGGCGCAUGCUCGGAGCGGGGAGCGGCGCUGCCCGCCGGCCCUGAGGGGGAGCGGCGGCCAUGGGCGAGACGGAGAGGCUCCACUAUGUGUACAGCUGCGACCUGGACAUCAACGUGCAGCUCAAGAUAGGAAGUCUGGAAGGGAAAAGAGAACAAAAGAGUUACAAAGCUCUCUUAGAAGAUCCGAUGCUGAAGUUCUCAGGACUGUAUCAAGAUACCUGCUCUGACUUGUAUGUAACUUGUCAGGUGUUUGCAGAGGGGAAACCUCUUGCUCUUCCUGUUAGAACUUCCUACAAGGCUUUUAGCACUAGAUGGAACUGGAAUGAGUGGCUGAAGCUGCCUGUGAAGUAUCCAGACUUGCCUCGCAAUGCACAGGUGGCUCUGACCAUCUGGGACGUGUAUGGACCUGGUAAAGCCGUUCCUGUGGGAGGAACAACGGUCUCACUCUUUGGGAAAUAUGGGAUGUUUCGACAAGGAAUGCAUGACUUGAAAGUCUGGCCCAACGUGGAAGCUGAUGGCUCAGAGCCCACCAAAACUCCCGGGAGAACCAGCAGCACAGUCUCUGAAGAUCAAAUGAGCCGCUUGGCAAAGCUCACUAAGUCUCAUCGGCAAGGUCACAUGGUGAAAGUGGACUGGCUGGACAGACUGACCUUUAGAGAAAUAGAAAUGAUCAAUGAGAGGGAAAAGCGAAGUUCCAAUUUUAUGUACCUGAUGAUUGAAUUCCGCUGCGUCAAGUGUGAUGAUAAAGAAUAUGGAAUAGUUUACUACGAGAAGGACGGUGAUGAGUCAACUCCAAUUCUAACAAGUCCUGAAAUUGUUAAGAUUCCAGAUCCCCAGAUGUCUAUGGAGAAUUUAGUAGAAAGCAAACAUCACAAGCUUGCUCGAAGUUUAAGAAGUGGACCUUCUGAUCAUGACCUGAAGCCUAAUGCAACUACACGAGAUCAGCUUAAUAUCAUAGUGAGUUAUCCACCGACAAAGCAGCUAACUUAUGAGGAACAGGAUUUGGUUUGGAAAUUCAGAUAUUACCUUACUCAUCAGGAGAAGGCCCUGACAAAAUUCUUGAAAUGUGUCAACUGGGAUCUACCACAAGAGGCAAAGCAAGCCCUGGAGCUACUGGGCAAGUGGAAACCCAUGGAUGUGGAAGACUCUCUAGAACUUCUGUCAUCCCACUUCACCAACCCAACAGUUCGGCGCUAUGCUGUUGCCAGGCUCCAGCAGGCUGAUGAUGAGGAUUUGCUGAUGUACCUGCUACAGUUAGUCCAGGCAUUGAAAUAUGAAAAUUUUGAUGACAUAAAAAAUGGACUAGAGCCUAGCAAAAGGGACAGUCAAGGUUCAAUGUCAGAAACUAUGUCAGCCUCUGGAACUAAUGCAGAAAUAGACAGUUCCCAGAUUAUGAGUCCUAUUCCACCUGUCUCCUCUCCACCUCUUACUUCUAAGACAAAAGAGCUUGCAGAAAAUGAAAACCUUGAUCAAGACCUUUGCACUUUCUUGAUAUCACGAGCAUGCAAAAAUUCCACGUUGGCAAACUACUUGUACUGGUACGUCAUAGUGGAGUGUGAAGACCAAGACACUCAGCAGAGGGACCCAAAGACUCACGAAAUGUACUUAAAUGUGAUGAGAAGAUUCAGUCAGGCUUUGCUGAAGGGUGAUAAGUCUGUCAGGGUUAUGCGCUCGCUGUUGGCAGCCCAGCAGACGUUUGUGGACCGGCUGGUUCAUGUAAUGAAAGCAGUGCAGCGUGAAAGUGGGAACCGCAAGAAAAAGAAUGAGAGGCUUCAGGCAUUGUUAGCUGAUAAUGAAAAGAUGAAUUUAGCAGAUAUGGAACUUAUUCCACUUCCUCUGGAACCUCAGGUGAAAAUUAAAGGAAUAAUCCCUGAAAAAGCCACACUCUUCAAGAGUGCCCUAAUGCCUGCUCAGUUAUUCUUCAAGACAGAAGAUGGAGGCAAAUAUCCGGUAAUUUUUAAGCAUGGUGAUGAUUUACGUCAAGAUCAACUUAUUCUUCAGAUUAUUUCACUCAUGGAUAAGCUGUUAAGGAAAGAGAAUCUGGACUUGAAGCUGACACCCUAUAAAGUGCUGGCAACUAGUACAAAACAUGGCUUCAUGCAGUUUAUUCAGUCAGUACCAGUUGCAGAAGUUCUUGCUACUGAGGAAACAAUACAGAACUUCUUUAGGAAACAUGCACCUAGUGACACUGGCCCUCAUGGGAUAAGUGCAGAGGUGAUGGACACAUAUGUUAAGAGCUGUGCUGGUUAUUGCGUGAUUACUUACAUCCUUGGCGUUGGAGAUAGACAUCUGGAUAAUCUGCUGCUAACAAAAACAGGUAAACUGUUCCACAUUGACUUUGGUUACAUUUUGGGCCGGGACCCCAAGCCCCUUCCUCCACCGAUGAAGCUGAACAAGGAGAUGGUGGAAGGCAUGGGAGGGACGCAGAGUGAGCAGUACCAGGAAUUCCGCAAGCAGUGCUACACGGCCUUCCUGCACCUCCGCAGGUACUCCAACUUGAUCUUGAACUUAUUUUCUCUCAUGGUGGAUGCCAACAUUCCAGAUAUUGCCCUUGAACCCGACAAGACAGUAAAAAAGGUGCAAGACAAGUUUCGUUUGGACCUGUCUGAUGAGGAAGCUGUCCAUUACAUGCAGAGUCUAAUUGAUGAAAGUGUUCAUGCCCUCUUCGCGGCUGUGGUGGAACAGAUACACAAGUUUGCACAGUAUUGGAGAAAAUAAACCUUUUGCCUACACAUGGUGGAAACAAACAAAUGCUCAAGAAAGAGACUUUCUCAAGCCAUUUGUGGACUUCACCAAGCAGCUUUGGAAGAAAAAAGCUGCAGAUUUAGGAAUAUGGAGAACUGAGAACUCAGAAGGUAGAGAAGCUUUUUGAAUCUCUGUUCUUCACAGAUUUAAAACCGACCAGUUUUUAAAGGAAAAUGAUUGUUUAUACCAUCCUUUGGGGCCUCAAAGGUCGAAGUAAGCAACUUCCUCUCAAGCCAAAGAUAACUGGAAGAGUCUGGAUUUGAUGGGGAAUUCUUGUACCUGUUAAUAUAUUUUCUUAUUUAAAAUAUAAGUACAUUCAAAGUUACAGCAGUGAGGCUGCAGUUCCGUGGUGCAGUGAAACCCCCACAGAACUAUGGCAAUCUCCUUUCAUCCCUUCCCACCAAAUUUGGGUAAAUUUUAAAUGUAGCGUCUUAUGAUCCUUUAUUUCCCACCUCGGGCAAUGUUACCAUUUAGAAAGGACAAUCAUUUCUUGCCUGCUUACAAAAAUGUUUUCAAGUGUUGAUAAGUUACCCAGCCAUAGGCAGCCGAUUAAAUCAUCACUAACAAGCUCAGCAACCAGAAUGCACAGUGAGUGGUUCAGUAUUUCACGCUUUUACUCUCAAUGUUUUCUGUACAGUGAUUAUAUAUUCCUCACUGUAAUAAAAUCUUCGUUGUCGCAGUCUUGA